CUGUUUAAAGCAACUCGUAGUGGACACUGGUAGUGUGCAGAUUUUGUAGUUCAAAAAUAUUGGUGGGAAGAGUCAAAGUGAAGUGAAAAAUGAAUAAAUUGUUCGUAGCAUUUUUCCUGGGUUUUUUCGUAGCAGUUUCUAGCGAAGGUCUAGUAUCGAAUGUGGUAAAAGGACUUACGUGUGCCUUUCCAAAUAAGGGUAGUGGUGGAAUUUUGGGCAACGCGGAAGCCUACAUAAACGACGCUGCUUUCGCUUGGAUUGAUGUAGCUAGAAAUACUAUUCCCUAUGUCAACGAUCCGAGAGGCACGGAGGCGUUGACCACAUGGAUCGAUGCUUCUCUUAAAUUCAACAUAGCAAUGAUUGCCGGCGACCAAGACGAAGCGUUCAGAUUGUUUGAUGUAUGCAAUGAGAGUUUCAAGUCAUUGGCUCCGUACCUGAGCAAACCGGAACUGUCAACGUUUUACUUGAAGAUUUACGACGAAUUUGGAGCCGUGAUCAAGACAAGAAAUUUAAAAGAAAUCAACGAAUAUAUGGUUGCAGCGUAUCCUCAAUUUAGAGAGGCAAUCGGUUGUAAAGUCAACGAAGGAGGAUUACCGUUACCGUUGAAUCCUUUGAAUUCUUUGAAUAUCUAAAGUCUGAGAAUUUAAUGGCUGCUCAAGCGAUAAGCCGAACUUUUUUGAAUCCCCACUUUUUUAUACUUCUCUAAUUAAACUUGUUUUCAGGUCAGUAAAA